AGUGUGGCUGAGUGAAUGUGUAGGUUGAUAUGACUGUGAUAUUGCAGACAACAGCCAAGAUGCUUGGCAAGUGGACGUACGUUGCGGCUCUCUACACUCUUGCAACACUUGCACCUGCUUCAUGUGACGUUAAACAGGAGAAAAGGAGUCGGACUGUCUGGUAUAAGGCGAAGGAAGAGCACCAAGGGCUCGGUCUCAGCGAUGAGGAACUUCGUGCUAUAGCAGGGAUGAGUGACAUGAACCACUUCAAAGCAGUGCUCGAUCCUAUAAUGAUUCCUCGUGUAGUAGGCACUGAAAACCAUGCGAAAGUGCGCAAACACCUUAUUGAUACCAUGAAAGGCCUUGGUUGGACUGUGGAAGAAGAUGUAUUUGACAGUAAUACCCCUGUAGGUCGUAAAACCUUUACCAAUGUAAUAGCAACUUUGGAUCCACAUGCCCCACGACACUUAGUCUUAGCCUGCCAUUAUGAUUCCAAAAUUGACCGUGAAGGUACAUUCAUUGGUGCAACAGAUUCAGCAGUUCCGUGUGCUAUGAUGCUCAACAUGGCAAAAGUGAUGCAGGCAAACCUCGAGAAUAAUAAAAAGACGUGUUUGAAGGUGAAAAGGAAGAAAAACAAGCAAGUAUGUAGUUCAAAAAAGAACUGCACCAAGAAAAAGGUACGUGAGUUUUGGAAGAAAAAUAACAGGAGGAAGCCAUUGGGUAAUCAAAGCUUGAUGGGAUCUGUUGUAAAUCAGAAUGAUGCAACCACUGGAAGUGACUUGGUUUCAAAUGUGACAUUACCUCAACAUAAUUUGAAGUACUUUGGCAAGCUGAAGUGUUGCUGUGGCUCAGAGCCAGGAAAUUCUUACAAGUUGAUGUUUAUACCUAAAGUUCAGUCUGAUUUGACUCUACAAUUUGUUUUCUUUGAUGGUGAGGAAGCAUUCCGAACAUGGUCCAAAACAGAUUCUUUGUAUGGUGCCCGGAACUUGGCUGCAAAGUUACAGAACCAGCUGUAUCCCGAAGUCAAUAAGGAUGGCACUAAUCAACUUCACAGAAUGGACCUCUUUGUCCUUUUAGAUCUUCUGGGAACUGAAGAUGUCCAGUUCUUUAACUACUUCAAAAAUACAGAUCGUUGGUAUGCUCGCAUGUUAUCGUAUGAACGACGGUUAAGUGACCUUGGGAUGCUUAACAAAAGGUUAAUGAUGUUCAAGCAAAGGUCAAUGCUGAAUCCAGGCAUUGAAGAUGAUCACAUCCCAUUCUUACAGAGAGGUGUGCCUGUUGUCCAUUUAAUUCCGGUGCCAUUUCCCAGUGUAUGGCAUGAAGAUUCAGAUAAUGCAACGGCAUUGAAUUACGAAACCAUUCAGAAUUUGAACAUUAUUAUGCGAGCAUUUGUAGCAGAUUAUCUUCAUUUAGUUGUAUAGGAAUUUGCCCAGGACACAGCCAUCCAUGAUGAUCUAUAAACAGAUUUACGUAAUAUUUACUUUUUUUUCAGUUUUUAUCUUGUAGAAUGUUUUAGUCGGGUUUCAUUAACUGACUUUUCAUAUUACAUUUGCUUCCACUUAAAAAUGAACUCGUAGUGAUGUCUCUAAAAAGUAUUUCCUCCCAAUUUUACUUUAAAAUAAUAAUAUUUAAAGUAAUAUGUAAAGCACAAAAAUUUUCAUUGCCAGUAAUAUAACAACGUUGAGAUAUUUUACUGUUGUUUGAGAUAUUUUACUUUAAAGUUUUUAUGAUUGAUAAUUGGUGUUCUCUAAACAGAAGCCAUAGUCGAGUCUAUUGUAGUAGUUGAUCAUCAAUAGCUGUGUUCUGGCUGGAUUUGCAAGAAUUUCUUCUGAAAUACAUCAGGUGAUGUAAAGAAAAUUCCUUAUCUUAUCAUUAAAUCCUUAUCUUACCAUUAAAUCUUUAAGUAUAAAUUACUGAAUUCAGCAGCUGAAUUUUGCCAUCUCCAAAGCAGACCCUAAAUUAGUCUAUGUGGGGAAAGGUAAGGAUAUUUUAAGGAAAUAUUGGUUUUCCCCAGCUUCAAGUUAAUUUUUUUUUUCUCCUUUUCUCACACCAGAGCCACAUAUCAAAGAAUCUGUAGUUGUCUGCAGCACGUACAUUUUAGGCUGAUAAUGGUUCUUAAUGCAGUUUUGCUUAGGACUUUUAUUUCUGAAAUAUGUACUGCAUUCUUUUUCAGUCAUGUUUGGUUAUCUAGUGAUGAGGUGCUGUAAUAUUAUGUAGUUAACAUAUUGCAAAUGUUUAUUUACCCAAAACUAAUGGUUGUGAAAAUUGUCUGAAAGUUUUUGUAUGAAACUGAUGUAAUAUGUUAAAAGUGUAAUUAUUUUUAUAAAGUUGAAUUUUAGCAUUAAGUCUAUGUUCAUCCAGGUUGUGCUUUGUUACCCCCAUUUUCUGUAACAAAACCACCAUUUCUCAAGGUGUUUUUAAAGCUAGGGUCACCCUGAUACUGCUUCACAAAAAUAUCUCUUGCCUGUUUUAUCAUGUUUAUUUGUUGAAUUUUUAUGAUAAAUUAACUAAAUUUGAAGUAGGAUUCAGUGGCAGCUGUCACAUCAGUAAAUUUUCUUGUACAGUAGUUAUGACAUCAAUUAAAGGGGUGUUGACCAUUAACAAGAACUGUGCAUACUCCAUUGAUUAACAUUGACUGUAUUAUUUCUGUGUUUAAACUAUAUUGAAAGUAUCGAGUAAGAAAUACACAGUAUUUUUAAUUUUGCUUAACAAAACUUCAUUAUUUCUGAUUUCCAUUUUAAUUACUUGAGGAAAUAUGGUAUGUCAAAUUAGGCUGUGUAUUGCUGAUUUAUCCUUAUCUAAGUUUUUUAAAAGCAAUUUUUCCAUUGUUUUUUUAUUAGCUUUAAUUUUGAAAUUCGCACCAUGUGAAUUAUGUAGCUUAGUAAAAGUUGGUUGCUUAUAACUUGAAUUAGAAAUUGUGCAAUGCCCUUGAACAUAUGUAGUAUUGUUCCCAUAUGCCAAUUUCUGUGUCCAGGUUGUGCCCUUUACGUUAAAAUUCUAAAGUGUUAUUGUUUUGUUUACUGUGUUACAAAUUUUUUAUUACAAAGUUUCUUUACAUUUUCUUUUGAUCAUAAAUACAAAUCUCUUUACUUAUGCCUGAUGCAUAUUUGAGGGUGUUUUAAAAGUGGUGAAUAGCACCUUGAUGUAGUGAAGUAGAUUUGAAUCAAAAGUUAAAAGGUUUCUCUCUAGGAAGUGAUCAUUUUACUCUCAUUCAAACUGUUAGUACACCAGGGAAACUUGCACGUUGAGGUAUUGGAAGCAAGGCACUUUUUUGUUGAGUAUAUAAAAUGGGAAAGGUUGAAGUUGUUAACAGGGACAUUUAACUUGCACAGAUUAACACAUACCUACUUGAAACGUGUUAAGACAAUAGCUCUCUGCUUCAAAAGAGCACACUUUAUCCAUGUUUCAUUCUUCUUACCACAUGUGCAAAGCUUGCACUGGAUGUGGAAGUGUCACCAUCAAGACCCUUAUAACAAUGAGGGUGGCUAUAUGUUGGCAGGUGGCCCACCAUGAUGUACAUAUGCCAUACUUAGAAGACUGUAGAUGUAUGGAUGACAAUGAAAAUUCUCUCUGCACAAAACUUUUGUAAUGCAAAAUUCACAGAGGUGGUCAAUUUUUCUUUGUUGAUUCAAAUCCUACUCUCAGUAAGAAUUUUACCUAAUUUUCUGAGAAGAGGUGGCACCUGCCGAUGUCAUUGAAUAACUGACAGACUGUCUUCCUUCAAUUAUUUUUCAGCAUCUUGAAAUGGUCCUUCAUACACCUUGAAUUUCAAUGUAGCUCUUGUUAUUGUCAAAACUUGUUCCUGCCUUGUGAGGCAUCAUUACCUCAUUUUUAGUCACAUUGUCCUAAAAGCAAAGGAAACAUAGGUCCAGCUUUUCUUUGCACAUUUGCUAACUGCUUCACGAAAUUGGUACUUCAAUACAUUCAUGGAAAUCUGUCACUUGAAAAUUCAGCAUUGUCUUAAAAGCAGUCCUCUUCCAACUUUUCUUAGUUUCUGUAGUGGAUUGCCCACACAUACACCACAUUCCUGCAAACAGAAGGCUAUAGUAUAUAAGCAAUGUAUUAAAAAUUACAUAAAGAAAUGUAUGCGUAUUUCAAAUUUUAGUAGUGAGAGGAGGAUGUUUACUAAGAAGAAUUUGAUCAAUAAUCAACUUUGGAUUUUAGACAUCCUGCUACCCUCUUGUCAGGCAUAAGUAAAAAUUGGUUUGGGAAUUAUGAGUUAGUGCAAUAAGAUUUUCAUUAUUUGGAUAUGAUUUGAGCACAAAUUAUUCUAAAUCCUAGUAACUACCAUCUAGAGAAAGAUACAAAGAAAAGUUCAAACUUUUAAAUGAUGUCUGGUAUAGUUAUUGUGAUGUAUUUUUUAAGGAUAACUGUAUUACGAACAUUCCACCAGAAAAUGUCGUGUAUACAAAAUUUUAAGCUUCAGUCAAUUAGACAUGUGAAGUCAAACUAGGUGAUGAUGUGGUGCUAUGGUAAGAAAUUUUGUACAUGACUUGCAUUUAAUAAAGAAAAUCCAUAA